AUGAGCACUCAUCUUCAACGAGGCGAAGAAACCCGUGCGACUUCAAAAGAAACAGUACGAAUCCCCGAAAGUUGCUCACAUUGGGCUGCGAGGGUCCACUCCAGGGCCUCACUGCAGCGAGGGUCCACUCCUGGGCCUCACUGCAGCGAUGGUCCACUCCUGGGCCUCACUGCAGCGAGGGUCCACUCCUGGGCCUCACUGCAGCGAGGGUCCACUCCUGGGCCUCACUGCAGCGAGGGUCCACUCCUGGGCCUCACUGCAGCGAUGGUCCACUCCUGGGCCUCACUGCAGCGAGGGUCCACUCCUGGGCCUCACUGCAGCGAGGGUCCACUCCAGGGCCUCACUGCAGCGAUGGUCCACUCCUGGGCCUCACUGCAGCGAGGGUCCACUCCUGGGCCUCACUGCAGCGUGGGUCCACUCCUGGGCCUCACUGCAGCGAGGAUCCACUCCUGGGCCUCACUGCAGCGAGGGUCCACUCCUGGGCCUCACUGCAGCGUGGGUCCACUCCUGGGCCUCACUGCAGCGAGGAUCCACUCCUGGGCCUCACUGCAGCGUGGGUCCACUCCUGGGCCUCACUGCAGCGUGGGUCCACUCCUGGGCCUCACUGCAGCGUGGGUCCACUCCUGGGCCUCACUGCAGCGUGGGUCCACUCCUGGGCCUCACUGCAGCGAGGGUCCACUCCUGGGCCUCACUGCAGCGAGGGUCCACUCCUGGGCCUCACUGCAGCGAGGAUCCACUCCUGGGCCUCACUGCAGCGUGGGUCCACUCCUGGGCCUCACUGCAGCGUGGGUCCACUCCUGGGCCUCACUGCAGCGAGGGUCCACUCCUGGGCCUCACUGCAGCGAGGGUCCACUCCUGGGCCUCACUGCAGCGUGGGUCCACUCCUGGGCCUCACUGAAAUGA